AUGCGAUGCGCGAGCAAGGCCGCCGAGAGCGCGUCUGCACGUCUCUGUGCGGACGCCGAAGCAGAAACUACAGCAACUGAUGUCCCAUCGGUUGCUGAAUCGACUCAGCCUGUAUCACCUGGUGAUGCAGGCGCUGGUCAUGAAGACACUCGUGUCUUCACAGAGUACGAGCUCGGUGUCUCGUACUCUCCUGAUACGGAUGACGGAUCCGUAUCGACGGCAAUUGAAUCCAAGCCGCCUGCCAAGCGUGGCAUGGACGAUGCUUUGCGUCGCAGCAUCUUUGGUUCAUCUGAUGAGUCAGAUGAACCAUCGCCGAAGCGAAGGCGCUCGAGGUCGCGAGACUCGGGCGCUAAUAGUGGUGUCGUUUCUCCAAUGGACACCACUUCACAGCGAGUGCCAGUACUUCUGUCGGCACGUCGCAGGAAGAGCGGGAUCGCAAUGUGUUGCGUCUCGCUCCAGAAAAGAAGGCAUGGAUGCCUCCUAAAUCUGUCAUGGAUCACUUGUCGGCGACGACGAGUGAUCGUUAUCGAACACGAUUGUUCGAUUCGUCGAGGAUUCAUCACCUUGACCCCAGCGCGAAAGACUAUCGCGCUGAACAUGAGUUCUUCAUCGAUGCUUUCUUCAGACAUCGAUGGUACAGUGGGAAUCACAAACGUGAUGGUCCCUCACUACUUCAGGCGUGGAACGCCUACAUCCAUAAUCUCGAGAAUGUAG